AUGUCAAUCUGUCUCGCUGCAGGUCGUCCGGGCAUCCGCGUGCUCCUCCUGUGGCAGAGCUCCUUUGGGCUCUGCACGUUUGCUCCUUUGCGCCGUUCGCUGUUCCGAUUCAGCUUCCUGUUGCUGCUGCCUGAUCGGCGUUCCCACUGUCAGGCAGAGGAGCACACCCGGGGCAGAGGAGCACACCCGGGGCAGAGGAGCACACCCGGGGCAGAGGAGCACACCCGGGGCAGAGGAGCACACCCGGGGCAGAGGAGCACACCCGGGGCAGAGGAGCACACCCGGGGCAGAGGAGCACACCCGGGGCAGAGGAGCACACCCGGGGCAGAGGAGCACACCCGGGGCAGAGGAACCACAUCCUUGAUGGGGUUUUAUUCUGCCCGAGCAUGGCAAAGACUGCGGCGAGCUGAGGAUGAUGUGCCGCACGUGAGGCAGCAGCACUCGUGGGACUGUGGCGUGGCGUGCGUGCUCAUGGUGCUCAAGGCGCUCCAAGUCCCCAUCCACCCCGUCCAAACCGAGCCCAUGCAAAGCAUCCCGGCCGUCCAUUCGCUACAGCCAAUCAGAGCAUCUCCUGGCAUGCCUGCUGCUACAUCCGGAACUAGAUCCUCAAGAUCAAACGUGGAUCGUCCAGCAGCACAUUCAGCUACAGCCGUGAUCCAAGGUCCUGCUACAGCUGUACUUGAUGCCCCUGCUACAGCCGCAUCCCCUGCUCUUGUAGCCAGAGCUACAGAUACAGGCACCGACCCAGCUACAGCUGCUGCUACAGCCUUUGCCACGCCCCCUCCCAGCAGCGCAGCCACUGGCGUAGCAACCGACAGAUUUUCAGCAGCCGUCGCUCAGCCCGCCAUAUCCCCGCUAGCAGCAGACUCCUUUGCGUUAGAAGCACCACACGAGGAGCUUUCCUUGGACACGUCAGCCCAGGCGCUUCAGGGAGACGAAGUGGGCGGAGGGGAUGAUGCGGUGGCAGAGAGAGGUGCUGUGGAGCGUACCUGCCCGUCCGAAAGGGAGUCUGCGCGUGUAGCAGAGGGUGGUGACGCCAUGUGGCACUCUCUGGAACCAGCAGCGGGUGCAGAGGAUGUGGGAGAGGGUGUCAAUGGGUGCACAUGGAUGCGCACAGCAGAUGCCACAGGGGUUGCCGCAGCGGGGCCGGUGAGGAGAGGGUCGGCGAGGGGCCGUGGCUGUGCGGUGCGAGGUGGUGAAGAGGGGUGUGACGCCGUACCCGACACGACACGAGACAUGCGAGCAGUAGCAUGUGCAAUUGCGGGUGCAGGGAGGGGGAGGGCCGGGGGGAGCAGGGAGGCAUGUGAGCUGCAGCAUCUGCACCGCCAGUGCGGCACCACCAGUGUGUGGAGCAUAGACCUGGUGGCGCUGCUGCAGCGCCACGGCGUGGGGGUGGAGUUCCUCACGGUCACCAUCGGCGCCAACCCCUCCUUCGCCCACCAGCCCUUCUACAAGGAGAACAUGCCCGGGGAUGUGGACAGGGUCAAUCGCCUCUUUGCCGACACCAUACGAGCCGGCGUGCGCAUUCAGUGUGCGUCCAUAGGCAUUCAGCAUCUUGCCUGGCUGCUUCUCUCGGGUCGUUACCUCAUCAUUGCCCUCGUGGAUAAGCGCAGCAUCACCCAUCCACUGGCAUCAGAGCGAUGCCCUCCUGAGUGCUGCGGACCCACUCCGGGCUACAUUGGUCACUUUGUGGUGCUCUGUGGGUUUGACGGCCACUCGAGGAUGUUUCAGAUCUGCGACCCCUCCUCGCAUGGUGGCACAUCGUGGGUGCCGAUGGCAGCAGUGGAGGAUGCACGCAUGACGUUCGGCACCGACCAGGAUCUGAUCCUGGACCUUCGCCGUGGCUUGCUGGAAGCGGGUCGGCCGCGCGUGGCCGGCUUGAGGCGCCUCUCCAUCGGCGCGCUUAGGCUGCUCGCCGCCCUCCUCGGCCUCCCGCUCCCCCUCCCCCUUCCCCCCGCGCGCCGACCUCCCGCUGCCCCUCCCGCCGCAUUUACGCGCCGCGCAACUUCCGCCGCAAGGAACGCCGCUUCUUCCGCCGCUCUUGGUUCCAAAACUCCCCCCCAAAGCACGACCGCCGGUUGCGGGCGUUUGAAGGAGGAGCUGAUAGACCUCGUUCUGACGGAUUCCGUUUGGAAAAUGGGCCAUUUGCCGGCCAGGAUUGACGGCGGAAUGACGGGUAAACGGGAGAGAAUGAUGACGGAAGGGGAGAUGCGCGCCGAACGCGAGUCGGAGCGGAAUCGGCGGAAGGGGGUAGAACGGAGGAGAGAGGGGGAAGUGGGGAGGGAGGGAGAAAGGAGGAGGGAGGGGGAAAGGAGGGAGGGGGAAAGGGGCAAGGAGGGAGAAAGGAGGGAGGUGGAAAGGAGGAGGAAGGGGAAAAGGAGGAGGGAGGAGAAAGGGGUAGAGAGGGAUUCGCGGAAGAGUGGGGACGGGAGGAGGGAGCGUGCGGUGGUGAGAGAGAGGCAUGCUGGCGAAGGAAGCGAUGCAGUGCGGUGCGGAGGGGCGGAGGAGGAUAAGACGAGAGGUGGAGGGAUGGACGGGGAGAGGGCGGAUGCUGUAAAAACCAGCGACAGGGAUAGUGGGUGCGGCAGAGGCGAUGGGUGGGCGUUGGGCCCACAGCAUGCAGGGCAGCGCAGGAAGCGGGUGAAAGCAGUGGCGGUGGCGGCAGGGGGAGGUGCAUGUGAGAGCGCGGGCAAGUAUGAGCCUGGUGGGAGAGGGGGUGGGGGUGGGGGUGGGGCCGUGGAGUGUGUGGUGUGUGCGAGUCCGGCGAGUGGUGAGGCUGGUGGGGCGAUGGCUGGACAUGUAAAGGUGGGCAACAGUGACUCGCCCGUGCUUCUGAUGCCUCUGUUGCCGCUGCUGCCCGUGCUGCCCGUGCUGUCCGUGCCACCCGUGCUGCCCGUGCCGCCCGUGCUGCCCGUGCCACCUGUGCUGCCAGCAGUGCCAGGGAGUGCAGGCAGGAGCACAGCGGGUGGGCGGCGGCGCCUGAGUGCAGCAGAGUUCUUCGGAAGCGGUGUGGACAAAAGCAGGGCUUGUGGAAGGGGCGCUGCCGCAUGUGAGCGUGCUAGGGGCGGGGAAGAGCUGGAGUGUGCUGCUGGCAGGGAAGGCUGUGAAUGUGGUGCGUGCAGCUCGGCGUGUGAAGGUGCCCGCCCCGUUGUAUGGUCCGCUAUUGACAGUCGCGGGUUGAGUCAAGGGAUCGAGGCGGGGCGAUGGAGAGAUGGGGGAGAUGACCGAGAUGAGGGCGACUGUGGGACAAAAGGAAAAGGAGGGACAGGAGGAGGGGGGGAAAGAGGAAAGGCAGGUGUGGCAGGGGAUGGGUGUGCUGUUGCGACUGUGCGCCAUGCUUCUGCAUCUACUGCCGCGAUUCCCGCUCCUGCAGCGGCUCGUAUUACUCCACCACCCCCCGUUUCCCCUCCAGAGACCACAAGCUCACUCCACCAGCCAUGCACUGGGGGGGCUGGCAGGGCUGUGCCGGGGUUGGCUGGCAGGGCUGUGCCGGGGUUGGCUGGCAGGGCUGUGCCGGGGUUGGCAAGGAGGGGCACUGAGAGCAGCCGGGCAUGUGGAGGCUGCAUACAGGGAUCAGCAGCAGAGCUGCACCCGUGGCAGUGCGCUGAGAGCCGGUCAGAGAGGCGUGUUGACAGCAGAUCUCGCUCCGUCACCCCUGAGCCGUCUCCUGGUGAUCUGGACCUCUGUGUGGACAGGUGUCUCGCCAUCAUUGGUGGAGCAGAGCACAGCGGCGUUGGCAAUGCAAGCUAUGAGGAAGCUUCCAUGCAAAGGGGCGGCAGAUGGGGGCUGUUUGGGGCAGUGGGGAUCCCUCAAGCAGCGUGUGUGCAUGAGGUGGGGGGUGUGCAGGGUUCGUUCAGUCUGGAGCACAUGGCAACAAGGGCUGCUGGGGGGAGCUUUCCGCCUGCUGCUGCUGCUCCUGGUCCUGCUGGUGGUGCUGGUGGUGCUGGUGGUGGCAGUGGUGGGGGUGCUUUAUUUGGGGACGUGGGCAGAUUGGCGUUUGCACGGCACAAGGAGAUGCUGAGGGCAGCAGGGAGGCGGGGCCACUGGCGGGAGUGA